AUGGCCGCCGCCAUUGCUGACCGCAUCCUCAACCCGGCCAGCGCCCCGGUCCCCGACCUCUCCUUCCUGCCCUAUCUCAAGACCGCGUUCCCUCCCUUCGGCUUCCCCAACAAGCACAACCGCCCGACGUGCGCCGCCUACAAGAACGGUCACUGUCCUCUCGGUCCUGCCUGUCCUGACCGACACUAUACUCCACCAAACGAACGUUCAGGAAUCGGCCAUCUCAUUUGCAAGCAUUACCAGCGCGGUCUCUGCAANAAAGGCGACCAAUGCGAGUUUGCCCACACCUUCGACUUGCGUGGUGAAAGAGAGUGCAAGGAGUUCAGUCGCUUUGGACUCUGCCCUCAGGGCGACGAGUGUGCGUAUGUUAUCUUCUCACCANNUAUCUUCCACUUUGCUGAUCAUCCACAAGGCACCUAUCUCCAUAUCGCUCCCACCUCAUCGUUACGCAUUGCUCCCUGUCCUCAUUUCGCCCGAGGCUUCUGUCCCCUUGGUCCAUACUGCAGUCUACGCCACAUCAAACACACCACCAUCUGUCCCUUCUACCUCGCUGGCUUCUGUCCGAACGGUCGUUCUGGUCCUCCCGACAGGGACAAUGUUGUCUCUUGCGAACACGGCGCUCACCCCAAGUGGAUUGACGGCAAAGAUCUGAAGAAGCCGGAGCCUCGUCGUGUCAAGCCUGAAGAGGAGCUUCGCAGGGAGCAAGAGGAGCGCGAAGAAGAAUUCUUUGCCGAAGAGGAGAAGCGUCGCGAAAGAUUCGAACGAGGUGAAAGCGGUGGUGGUCGUGGCUGGGGCAAACGUAGAGGCAGAGGAAGAGGUGGCUGGAGAGGACGAGGAGGCUGA